AUGAUGCUCCGCAGCGUCUUGCGCCGGCCGCAGCCUCUCGCGCGGAGCUUUAGCAUCGCCCACGACGAGAUCGUCGCCCUCGCGCAGGUCUCGCCGACGCCGCUGACGCUGCAGCAGAUGAAGACGUUCGCGACGAACGGCCCCGAGCUGCGGCUCAAGGCGGCUCCCUUCGUGCACAAGGAGCUGCAGAUCCGCUUUGCGCGCGCGAUUGUCGAGCUCUCGGAGCUGCCGAUUGGGCUCAACGAGACCAAGGCUGUUCAAAUGGCCAUCCGCAACUACACCGACCACCUCGAGAGCGUGCGCGCGGCCAAGGUCCCGACGACGCUCGAAGAAGACGCUGCGUUUACGACCAUGAUCCGCGCCAUGAAGAAGCGCGGGUCCAACCUGUCGCUGCGUCUUCAAGAGAUCCAAGUGCGAUAUCUGAUCCUCGCGUCGUUCUGUCUUAUACGUGCCAUGAAGAAGCGCGGGUCCAACCUGGUGCCGCUCAUUUGCGGCGGUCUCCAAGAAGUGAGCCACACGGAGGAGGGCCGCAACGCGCUGCGUCUUCAAGAGAUCCAAGACAGCGUCAACACGCACUUGGACACAUUCUUCCUCUCGCGCAUUGGCAUUCGCAUGCUCAUUGGCCAGCACUCGACUGACGGCGGCCGCGUCAAGCUCUGCGACGUGCAAGACAUUGUGCGGGAAGCGAGCGAGCGGGCAAGUGCGCUCUGCGAAUUGUACUGCGGCACGCCCCCCAAGGUCAUUGUCAAGGUCGCUGCGAACGGCGCGGCGCCCUUUAUGUAUGUGCGAUCGCACUUGCAUCACAUGGUGUUUGAGCUGCUGAAAAACUCGAUGCAAGCCACGGUCGAGCUCUACGGCCCCAAAUCACCGCGUCGUGAGACAUGUUCGGUCAUGGACACCAAGCCCAAGAUGAACCACAUGAGCCCGCUCCUCGGCUUUGUGAUUCCCGAUGUCCGUUCAGUUUCGGCAAGGAUAGUUUGUAUUCUUAUCCUCGUAGAUGGAUCACCUCGACGGGGUGAGUUGCCGCCGAUCACGGUCGUCAUCUGCCAAGGCCAAGAAGACUUGACGAUCAAGAUCUCGGACGAGGCGGGCGGCGUCCGUCGUAGCGAUUGGCACCGCCUGUGGUAUUACAACUACACGACGGCGAGCAAGGAGCCGCCGCAAGCGCUCGCGACGGGCGACUUUCGGGAACACUUUAGCGGCGGCGGGUACGGGCUCCCGAUCGCUCGGCUCUUUGCGCGGUACUUUGGCGGCGAGAUCACGUUCCUCUCGUCCGAGGGGUAUGGCUCGUCUGCGUUUAUCCAAGCGCACCGUCUCGGCAAGCAAACCGAGCUCGUGCCGGGCCACACCACGUUUACCCUCCAGCCGCUCAAAUUUUAA